AUGGGUCGAUGGGGACUAUUCACGAGGAAGAAGGGCCUAUCAUCAAGCAGGACUGACCUGGCCUCUGCCUACGUCCCAUCGAACCAUGAUUUGCCCGAUCACGCUUCGAUAUAUCAUCGUAAGGGGACGACACACAACUUUGCCGAAGUGCCUCUCCCGAGUUUUGGAUCGAUUUCGACCCUUGCCACCCCUCAAGCAAAUCCAGAUAAUAUCCUCUCCCGUAGCUCUUCGUCGGAUGGUCACUUGUGUUCUGAAGUCGAUCCGUGCUAUACGAGUCAACGCCCUAGUGCGACCACGCAUCUUGCGAAUCCAAGCUCGAGCACCUGUCCCACCCCCAUCAGAGCAUCCUCUCCAGGAUCAGCAUCGCGGGAGAGCUCGACUACCGCUAACUAUUCGUCUCCUAUUACCGACCUCUCUAACGAACGGCCCUCAGAUGGAGAGGACUUGGUGUCAUUACUCGAGCUCGUUCAGAAGAUUACUGAAUAUCAUCCUUGCACCGACGCAACCGAGAUUUGGAUGACUUCUAAACGCACGAUCCUCCAGCCCACCGCUUUUGAGAUUCAUGACGCUGAAUCUCGUCAAUGGUGCACGUCUCUGGAGUUCUGGCAGAGCAUGGGCAAUGUUGCAGAUGCUCUUGCCGCAGCAGGUCACUUCUCGAGCGCUUUCGAUUUACACUAUAUCUGUUUUGUGGAGAUCUUGGGCAGCGCUAUGUCGCAUGCCCGACAGAUCUCGCUGCCUGAUGAUCUUGUUCACCCAGAGACUGAGCAGGAUGCUCUAACUCAGAAUCUUUUUCAUGUUGUUGCCAAUAAGGGUCCUGUUUUACAACUUCUUGUCAAAGCCGCCAUCGGCAUUGCCCGAUCUUGUUCAGGAUUGGACCAUGCGAAACUUGCUUGUUCCGCGCUUGAUGCAGUUCUCCGCAUUACAGGUGAAAUUGAAUCUUUGGGGACAUUCCGAUUCCUCGCAACCCUGUUUGACUGCUAUGAGUACGAAAUGGGCGAGGCUGGGUGGGGGUGCAGGGGUGCUCGACCUUUUGAACGAAUAACUACUCUCGAACUCGAACCCUGGCACUCGGCUGAAUCUAACCCAUACUCAUGGAAGACAGAAUGGCGGAAAGUGAUUCAUCCGACAAUUCAACAUCGAGAGUACUUGACGUUUUUCAGUCGCAUGUCCUGUUAUACGCAACCUUCCUGGAGACACGUCACUCCUCUUCCCUCGGUUUUCGGGCUACCGACCCCCAGCGCGGACUUGGUUACUGUUCUGCACAGUACAUGCUAUCCGUAUAUCUGCAAUCCAGAUCCAGUUGUUCAAGAUAAUCCGUUGCGUUCUUUUCCUCCCGAAUAUACCUCCGGCUUUACCGCUUUCCUCGAUCAGUGCCAUACCAUGAUAAUUGCGGAUCUCGCGACUCUGGAUUCGUACACGAAAGUUGAAUCACUAACGGACCAGGGAUUGGAAGAUGCGACCUUCACAUUAUUCUGGUUUCUUGUCUGCAGAAAAGGCUUGUUGGAGCUCGACUCGAAACAGCCGGAGUGCGCCACUGAUUUUCGGCCGGCACCCUUUCCCCAGACAGCUUACCACUCUGCCAAUCUGGAUGCAUGCUUCAUCCUAUGCCGCCUUCUCUCUUCGCUCUUUGCUCGGGAAUCUGGACCACCCAACAGCUUCUUGAUUGGCCCAAACUCAUUGUCUAGCUUCGCCGCAGAGGCCAUGUAUCAAAUCCGGCAAUCGCCACACGAAUUCCUAAAUCGCUAUCUUAGACAAGUUCUCAACCUCAGACCCCUAGUCGACUCAAGCAGCUUGUCUCCCCAACCAGCAACGGAGCACAAACACGUGCAGUCAACUAUCCUAGCGCCUCCAUUUGAUGCUUGGAAAUUCAAAGCGCCACCCACUCGACAUGAGCCAAAUCAGCCAGGAGACGACAUGAAUGUACCCCCCUUGACUUUCAGAGCUUCUUUAAACCGUCAAAAUGGGACGCUGGUGGCAACCUCGCGAUUCGAGUCGACUGCUCCAGAUAGGAAGACCAAGUCCACCCACCCGGAUUCGACGGGCAUCAAUAACGGGAGUCUCGUAAAGAGCCCCAUGCGCAUGCCACCGCCCCCGCGGCCGGCGCCUUCUGUCAUCACCACUUCCUCAGGCUUAUCCGAAGACACAAAGGCGUUCCGCAAGCUUGCUCGCAGAGUCAAUGACCCGGGAGCUCUGGGGUGCCAUGCGCCAGACGACAAGAGCGACCAACACGGCUUCGAACCGAGCUGGGACUGUGAGGACUUCACGGACAUCCUUGCCGGCAUCACCGGCCCAUCGAUUGCUUUCCCACGGCUCCACCCUAUAGACGAUCAUGGCCUUGGUAGACUGUAGUACAUAAGCACGCGACGCUGGAGGGUUACAAGGGACGGCAUCCCGUCGCUGAGCAGGAGAAGGAAAAAGGGUCUGCUUCGU